AUACCCAGUAUUCAACUAGGUACCUUCUCAAUAGACAUUGUUCUAAGCAAAUCGGUAAUUCGAAACAAGCUGCAAAUUAAAAAAAGAUUCUAAGGUUUAACUUAAUUCAAGUAACAAUUCUUACAUCUUUCAUUAACUAUGGCUUUCUUGUUGUCUAAUAUAUGUAAAUGUCUGUGUAUGAGAAACCGCUCUGCACUUAACGUCGUACAAACUGCGUCGUAUCAUGCCAAUGUAAUCGACCAUUACGAAAAUCCUCGCAACGUUGGGUCCUUGGAUAAAAAGGACAAAAAUGUAGGAACAGGUUUAGUGGGUGCUCCUGCUUGUGGCGAUGUUAUGAAAUUGCAGAUAAAAGUUGACGACGACGGUAAAAUCAUUGAUGCCAAAUUUAAAACGUUUGGAUGUGGUUCAGCAAUUGCUUCAAGUUCUCUAGCCACUGAAUGGGUUAAAGGCAAAACUGUAGAUGAAGCUUUGAGAUUAAAGAAUACAGACAUUGCUAAGGAACUUUCGCUGCCUCCAGUCAAGCUGCAUUGUUCUAUGCUUGCUGAGGAUGCUAUUAAGGCUGCACUCUCGGACUACAGGAUCAAGAAACAAGAAGCUGAUAAGAAAUAAAUUAAAUAUGUAGUUUUAGGUAAUGUUUGGAACAGAUCUGUGAUUGUAAAGGGAAAUAUCUGGUUAUGAAAAUAUAGAGAAUAGUCUAAGCAUUACAUGUUUACAUCUUUGAAAAUUAUAUCAAUGUCAUAAUGUGUUGUAAUAAUAGAAUCUGGAAAUCAUAUAUUCCAAAAUUUAUGUAGAAUUCCCUGUCUUAGUAAUAUUAAUCAAUUGUUAUGUUAGAUAAUAAAUUAUGUCACUAAUAAAAUGGUUUAUUAAUUUA